GAGCUGCCCGGCUCCCGGCCGCUGCCGCUCAAUGCUGCGGCCGCGGGGCUGCUGCGGGAGCCGCGCACCUCGGGGCUCCGCGCACGGCGGGCAGGCGGCGACCACCGAGCCCAGCGCAGCCCAGCACAGCCCAGCACAGCCCAGCAUGCCCCCCGCCCCGGCCAGGUAUUGGAAACUUGACUGAAGACUACGUAUCAUGCACUGGAGAAGAAUAAAGGUUGCCUAAAAUUUCCAAGGAGGCCCCAUUCUCUACUGCAGUUCCUGAAUUUGUCUCCUCUGACCUGGGAAGCUAAAGAUGAGGUUGCUAUGGGAGCUGCUCGUGCUGCAGUCGUUCAUGGUGUGCCUUGCAGACGACAACACACUGCACGGGCCAGUUUUCCUGCAGGAACCGAGCAGCGUGAUCUUCCCGUUGGAUUCAGAGGAAAAGAAAGUGAAGCUGAACUGUGAAGUGAAAGGAAAUCCCAGACCAACCGUUGGGUGGAAAUUAAAUGGGACCAAUAUUGACAUCGGUAUGGAUUACCGCUACAGUGCAGUGGAAGGCAACCUGUUGAUCAAUAAUCCCAACAAAACCCAAGACAGUGGAACGUACCAAUGUGUAGCAACAAACCCAUUUGGAAGGAUCAUUAGCAGAGAAGCAAAGCUGCAGUUUGCCUAUCUCGAAAACUUCAAGACCAGAACAAGAAGCACUGUAUCUGUCCGCCAGGGCCAGGGCAUGGUGCUGUUGUGUGGACCACCACCUCAUUCUGGAGAGCUCACCUACGCCUGGAUCUUCAAUGAGUACCCGUCGUUUGUGCAUCAGGACAACCGCCGCUUCGUUUCGCAGGAGACUGGCAAUCUGUACAUCGCGAAGGUGGAAGCUUCAGAUGUGGGAAACUACACGUGCGUGGUGACAAACACAGUGACCAACAGCCGGGUCCUGGGACCCCCAACCCCGCUCAUCCUCAGGAACGAUGGGGUGAUGGGGGAGUAUGAGCCGAAAAUAGAAGUGCAGUUCCCAGAAACGGUUCCAUCUGCAAAAGGAACAACGGUGAAACUGGAGUGCUUUGCCCUGGGAAACCCAGUUCCUACGAUCAGCUGGAGGAGAGCAGAUGGGAAACAGAUACCCCGAAAAGCUAGGAGACACAGAUCAAGUGGACUUCUAGAAAUCCCAAAUUUUCAGCAAGAAGAUGCUGGACUCUAUGAGUGUGUAGCUGAAAAUGUGAGAGGGAAAAAUGUGGCACGAGGACAGCUGACGUUUUAUGCUCAGCCCAACUGGAUUCAGAAAAUCAGCGAUGCACACGCAGCCAUUGAGGAAAGUGUUUUCUGGGAAUGCCGUGCGAGUGGGAGGCCGAAGCCCUCGUACCGCUGGCUGAAGGACGGGGAACCACUGCUGCCCCAGGGCAGAGUUCAGAUAGAGCAGGGCUCACUGACGAUAGCGAACGUCAGCCUGUCGGAUGCCGGGAUGUAUCAGUGCGUAGCAGAAAACAGACAUGGCAUCAUUUUUGCCAGUGCAGAACUGAGUGUCAUAGCUGUCGGUCCAGAUUUUUCCAAAACUCUCUUGAAAAAGUUAACUCUUGUGAAAGUGGGUGGUGAAGUAAUCAUUGAGUGUAAGCCGAAAGCUUCCCCCAGACCUACUUAUUCUUGGAAGAAAGGAAAAGACAUCCUAAGAGAAAAUGAGAGAAUCACGUUUUUGGAUGACGGAAGCCUCCGGAUUGUCAACGUCACCAAAGCCGAUGCGGGAAGCUACACCUGCGUGGCGACCAACCACUUCGGCACGGCGAGCAGCACGGGCAGUCUGGUUGUGAAAGAUCCAACACGGGUUAUGGUGUCACCUUUCAGCAUGGACGUCACCGUUGGAGAAAGUAUUGUCUUGCCUUGUCAGGUAUCUCAUGAUCACUCGCUAGAUAUCAUGUUUACCUGGUCAUUCAAUGGACACCUGAUAGACUUUGAAAAAGAUGGGGACCACUUUGAAAGAGUUGGAGGGCAGGAUUCAGCUGGUGAUUUGAUGAUCAGAAGCAUCCAGCUGAAGCAUGCUGGGAAGUAUGUCUGCAUGGUGCAAACAAGUGUGGACAAGCUAUCGGCUGCUGCAGACCUGAUUGUAAGAGGUCCCCCGGGCCCACCAGAAGCUGUGACCAUCGACGAAAUCACCGACACCACCGCUCAGCUGUCCUGGAGACCUGGAGCAGACAACCACAGCCCCAUCACGAUGUACGUGGUGCAGGCCAGGACCCCCUUCUCGGUGGGGUGGCAGGCGGUGAGCACAGUUCCAGAGGUCAUCGAUGGUAGGACAUUCACAGCGACCGUGGUGGGUCUGAAUCCUUGGGUCGAGUAUGAAUUUCGAGUAGUGGCUGCCAACCUAAUUGGGAUUGGAGAGCCAAGCAGACCUUCAGAGAAGAGAAGAACUGAAGAAGCUCUUCCUGAAGUGACCCCGGCUAAUGUCAGUGGAGGUGGCGGGAGCAAGUCUGAGCUAGUCAUUACAUGGGAGACGGUGCCCGAGGAGCUGCAGAACGGAGGUGGCUUUGGCUAUGUGGUGGCCUUCCGCCCCUUCGGCACCGUCAGCUGGAUGCAGACCGUCGUGGCCUCCCCAGACGCCUCCAGAUACGUCUUUCGCAACGAGACGCUGCCGCCCUUCUCCCCCUACGAAGUGAAAGUGGGGGUGUACAACAACAAGGGUGAAGGGUCCUUCAGCCCCGUGACGGUCGUGUACUCGGCGGAGGAAGAGCCAACCAGAGCUCCAACCACUGUUUUCGCCAGAAGUCUUUCUGCCUCAGAUGUAGAAAUUUCUUGGGCUCCCCCUCAAGAGAAUCAGCAUAAAGGAAGAAUACAGGGGUAUGAGGUCAGAUGUUGGAGACAUGACGAAAAGGAAGAGAACGCGAAAAAGAUCAGGACAGUUGGUAACCAAACAUCCACAAAAGUCACCAAUUUGCGAGGCAACGCGCUCUAUCACUUGGCAGUCAAGGCCUACAACACUGCUGGCACCGGGCCCUCCAGCACCACAGUCAACGUCACUACAAAGAAGCCACCACCAAGUCAGCCCCCUGGGAACAUCAUAUGGAAUUCGUCAGACUCCAAGAUCAUCCUGAACUGGGACCAAGUAAAAGCACUGGAUAACGAGUCAGAAGUGAGAGGCUACAAAGUUCUGUACAGGUGGAACAGGCAGAGCAGCGCCUCUGUGAUCGAAACCAACAAGACCUCGGUGGAGCUCUCCCUGCCCUUUGACGAGGACUACAUCAUAGAGAUAAAGCCCUUCAGUGACGGGGGCGAUGGCAGCAGCAGCGAGCAAAUCCGAAUCCCAAAGAUCUCAAAUGCGUAUGCGAGAGGAUCCGGUUCUUCAACCUCCAACGCUUGCACGCUGUCAGCCAUCAGCACGAUAAUGAUCUCGCUCACAGCUCGAUCCAGUUUAUGACAAAAAUUACAUAAAGGACUUCUUGUUUAUAAUAUAAGCAACAUUUAGCUAGUUGUUUCGAAGACACCCAGUACUAAGUAAUAUUGUGGUUUGAGUACAUCUUACUACUGGAAAAUGUUUAUGCUUCUUUAGGAAUGGCAUUAUACAGUACUUCCUCAAAGCAAAUAUAGCUUUGUCUGAAGUUUCCUUGGAAACUCUGCAAUGCACUGAAAACAUCUGUAAUAUGAUGUUACCAAAGCAGUUUACAUAUGUCCUUAUAUGCAUAUUUUUUAUUAUAUAUUUAGUGUUUUAUAGAAUUUUUUAAAGUUAACAUAUGAUGUAGAUAUUAAUUUUUCCUCUGCUAUAAAAUGCUAUGGACAACAUUAUCAUGAAAAUAUUGUUUGAAUUUUUUCCUUUAUGACCGAGAGGUCAAAGUUGUUCUUAGUAAAUUGGCUGCAACUUUCCUGUACAGUUUUACAAGGCUACGCAAGGCAGAACUGCUUCAGAUCGGGUUCAUAAUGCAGCUGCAUUUAAGGGCAGUUAUGAUGAUUCUUGUGUUAAAUCAAGUGCUUUUAACACACACGAUUUCACAUUUUAUUCGGAGGACUAACCGAGACAAACUCCAAAUGCUCAGAAAGAACACUAUAAUCUUGAAAAACCACACAGCUUUUGGUUAUUUGCGGACUACAGGACAUGUAGCUGAUAUUCUGGCAUCAUGCAGUAAGGUUCCAUUUUUACCGUCUUGAAAUAGCUUUGGCUUUAUCAUGAUUAGCAUUAAAUUGGGUAGGGACUAAGGUAGUGCAGAGACAUCACCUCUGCCUCUGGUGACACCGAGGGGCAGGUAGCAGCAGAAGGAGCCAGGAACCGAGGGGCCUCAGCGCGAGCCCUGCUCAGCCCACGUCGCUGCUCCGCGUUUCGCACCAAGGAUGUCAGGGUACAGCGGCUCUGACACCGGGCUCGCCGGCUGAACACGCACUCACUCCCCACGUGCGCUUUCCCAUAACUCAUCAUUCUUCCCAAGUCCACCACAGAAAACGUUCAGACCCCUGGCCGGGACCUGGCCGCACGGGGCUCCCCCCGGCCUGCAGGGUGGCCGCGGUUCUGCAGGAGCUCUUCGGAGAGACCUGGAGGCGUCACAGACGCACACCGGAAAAUGAGGAUAUCCACAGCAAAAUCAUUCUUCUUAAGAGAAGGACUGUUUGUUACUACGGGGUAAUUUUGUAAGUUCACUCAGAUGGGAUAAUGCUAGUACAAGGCAAUGGAAUUUUCUAUAAAAUUUUCAAGUUUAAAUGCGCUGCAGUGGUUUAUUAUUAUUUUUUCCUGAUAGCUUGAAUUUGCCUGUAACUUGUCUUUUUUGCUUACAAAAUAAUACAGUUAACUUUUAGACCUUCUAAAUAUAUUUAUUCAGUAACGCAUAAUCAGGAUUCCACUUGUGUAAAAGUCAGGGGUGUUGACCAGAGAAAUAUUGUCAGUAUUUCAAGCUGUGUUCCUUUCUUAGUUUGAUAUGGUUACUUCUAUGUAAAAAAAAAUAAAAACAAAAAAAAAAAAACACAAAAACAAAAAAAUGGAACAACAAAAAAAAGCUUCUGUAGUUUUCUCCCCAGUGUAAAUGAUAUUUAUCAGUGAUCUAGCAGAUGUAAUCUUUUUUUAAAGGUAUUGGUAAUAAAUAUUCUGUCAUUUGU